AGUGCCGGCGUGCGGGACGUGGGCCGGGGCAUGGAGCGGUGGGUCGGGGCCGCCGGGGGCUGGGGCUCCCUGUGGGAAGCCGGCUGCGGCCGCUGGCUGGGCUGGGAGCUCUUGGCCGCCUGCGCCGUCAUCGGCGCCGUGGGCUGGCUGCUGCGGCUGCUGGAGAGGAGGCCGGGCGGCCGUGAGGCGCCCGCCGCCAUCUGCUCCCCGGCCCCGCUCUCCUCCUCGCCGCCGCUCUCUGCGGGGAGCCGGCGCCGCCGUGGGAGCCGCUCAGGUGAAAUAACAAUGGAUGCAAUAUUAUCCCGAUUGAAGCAGCUCACCCCUGAUGAGCUUAGAGAAGAAAUUGUAAGAGCAGGACUGAAAUGUGGGCCUAUUACCUCAACCACUAGGUUUAUUUUUGAAAAAAAAUUGGCUCAGUCAUUGUUGGAGCAGCAAGGAGCGUUGGAGGAAAAAGGAUCUGCUGUAUCAGAGGAGGCUUCUGGAAAUGUCCCAUCUGAUAGCAGCCAGGCAGAAGCACAAACGGGUUUGAAAACUGUGGCAGUGAAUCACAACGGUCAUGGAAGCGUUUCCGAAGAUGUAGACUUUGGGUACUGUGUAGGUCUGAACCCUCCAGAAGAAGACUCCGUGAUGCACACAAACUGUUCAGCUCCGGUCUGUGGAGCAGGAUGUAUUGAUUCACAAAUUAGUACUCGGAGCCUGUCCAAAGAUCCUCCACUGUUCUAUGGUGUUUGUCCGGUUUAUGAUGACAUAUUGGCAAGGAAUGAGAGAAUACAUGUUUAUGAAGAUAAAAAGGAAGCUCUCCAAGCAGUUAAGAUGAUUAAGGGUUCCCGUUUCAAAGCUUUUUCAAACAGAGAGGAUGCUGAGAAAUUUGCUAAAGGAAUCUGUGAUUAUUUCCCAUCUCCAAGCAAGUCCUCUUUAUGUUUGUCUCCAGUGAAAAUGGGACCAUUUAACAGAGAUGGCUUGUGCUCCCCCGAGACUGAAACUGCUAACAAGGAGAGAGCCAACAGUUACAAAAGUCCACGUACUCAAGAUCUUACUGCUAAACUUCGGAAAGCUGUCGAGAAAGGAGAUAUAGCAACGUUUUCAGAACUUAUUUGGAGUAACCCGCGCUAUCUGAUUGGGUCGGGAGACAAUCCAACAGUUGUACAGGAAGGGUGUCGGUACAAUGUCAUGCAUGUUGCUGCCAAGGAGAAUCAACCUGGUAUCUGCCAGUUAUUACUGGACACUUUGGAAAAUCCUGAAUUUAUGCGACUUAUGUAUCCAGAUGAUAAUGACACUAUGUUGAAGAAUCGCAUCCAGUAUAUUGUUGACCUUUACCUUAAUACACCAGAUAAAAUGGGAUUUGAUACUCCACUGCAUUUUGCCUGCAAGUUUGGGAAUUUGGACGUUGUUAAUGUGCUUACCUCACACCCCGCUAUUGUAAAAAAUCCAAGAAACAAGUAUGAUCAAACUCCAGCAGAAGUCGUUUGUGAAAGAAGCAAGAAUAAAUCUGCAGAAUUGAAAGAAAAACUAAGAGAAUACUUGAAAGGUCGAUACUACGUACCACUGUUGAGAGCAGAGGACAAUUCCUCAGCUCCUGUAAUAGGUGCGCCGUGGUCACCCGAUCAGAUAGAUGACAGCCCCCAGAGAACUUUACCUAAAUAUACUGGCAGCCCCAAAGACCCAGUGUUGUCGAUAAGAGCUUUCGCAGGCCCCAUGAGCCCCUCAAAGGCUGAAGAAUUUCGCAGGCUUUGGAAGACUCCACCUCGAGAGAGAGCUGGCUUCUUUCAUAAUGUCAAGAAAUCUGAUCUGGAGAGGGGUGUCGAAAGAGUUGGAAGGGAGUUAGCUCAUGAACUGGGGUUCCCGUGGGUUGAAUACUGGGAAUUUCUGGGCUGUUUUGUUGAUCUGUCUUCCCAGGAGGGGUUGCGAAAAUUAGAAGAGUACCUGAGUCAUCGGGAAAUGAGCGAAAAGGCUCAGCAAGAAACAGGGGAAAAUGAAACCUGCAAUAGAUAUAAAACUCCACAUCCUUCUGGCAAGAGUAAAAAGUGCUGCAAUUCUAUUUCUGUUGGCGCAUUUUUGGAUGAGGAGGAUGAUGACAUGAGCUUAGAAGAAAUUAAAAACAGACAAAAUGCAGCACGGAAUAUCAGCCAACCUAUUGUGUCCAAAGAACCCAGCAUUGACGCUAUUGGAGAUGCUGAGUGCGAUAUCUUGUCGAUGGAGCGUACAGCAAACAUCAUAGAGACGUCGGACCACCCCAGGCACUAUGAAAAGGCAGCUUCUUCCAGCAAAAAUGGAUUUUGUAAUCCUGUGUCCAGUGAAAGGGUAAUUAGUGACAGAACGAAUUUGCAUGAUGGAGAUGAAUGCUGUGUGUUACCUGUUUGCAAUUUAAUGUCAGAAUUUCAAAGCCUGUCGUUCCAAGAACAAGAGGGUGCUGGAGAAGCCAAUAAAAUGGCUGGAAAAACUGAGCACAAGAGAAUUCUGGCUGAAGGAAUGAGUCAGGUGAGAAUGCCCAAGGACCAUCUGGAUAAGACCUGCUAUGCAGUUUCUCUGGCAAGUUCUGAGCCAAGUGUUACAGGUGAACCUGGAGAGACCAAGCUAAGGACAGAACAGAGAAUACCACUAGAGGAGAGACUGUCCGUGGAAUCUGGAAUUCGGACUAACGAGGCACAACAACGUCAAGAACUUUCUUCCCAGAAAUUUAUUUUGAAGGUUUCAUCCACAAAUGACAAUCCUAAGCAGUCAUUCCUGCUCGGGGAGUGGCCGUCGAAGCUGGACAGCGAUGUCUUCGCAGCCAUAGAAGCAGUAGAGAUCGAUCCACAGAAAUACCCGACCAUUUUCAAAUGGAAACAAGCAGUGGAGUCGUACUCCUCCUCUGACAGGCAAAGUUGGCCAAGUCCAGCGCUGAAGGCAAGAUUUAAGUCCCAAACCAUGGCUGCUGGCCUUCCACAUGCUUCAGGAAGAAACAGCCCCGUACCAGGAAGUCCAGGAAAAUACAGCAGUGCCGCCUCGUUCUCUGCAGACCCUGGGAGUCCCGGGCGCUACAGUCCGGCUUGUGUCAACCACAGGCUGUUAAAACUGCGCCAUUUUUCAGAGCCUCCUGCCCACUGAAAUACAAUUUAUCUUCCUGGAACUUCAAUUAUAUUUUCAUUGUUAGAGUGGAGGAAAAAACGACAAUGUUACUGAAGUGACAUGAGGUUUGUAUUUGGCUAUUUAUUUUUCCUCAAUUGAGGACAACUGUAUGUUAAAAAAAAAAAAAAAAAAAGAAUAUAUGUCUUUAUGCCAUAUUCAGGAUAGAUUACUGGUGAUACGCAAGAAGUUAGUGACAGUCAGUGCAGUUGUCCAGUAGCUAUGAAUUAACCCUUGUUGCCAGUAAGGCAACCUUUCCCUAGAAAUGGUGGUAUUUACUGUCACCAGUUGUCAUUAUCGUGAUGAACCCGUUAGCCCUCAAUUGUGUUUCUUCUGCUUGGACAGUCUGGAGGGAGCACCGCACCAGCGCAGGGAGAUCCUACGGAGGGAGCUGAGGGCAAGAAGUAAAAUGUUCUUCCACUUGCAGGGGGAAUGCUCAAGGUGAAAAGCCUGAAACAAAGCCUGGGCGAGGAGGUGACCCAUUUCCAGUGCUGAGUGCGAGUGUGAAAACCUGUGUGUAAACAAGGGCAGUGGUCAGAGCCAGCAGGGCGGGCAGACAGUGGAAUACACACACACACACACACGCAGUUACAUACAUGUGUGUACAUAUGCAUAUAUUUACACAGAAAUCCUUCAGUCUUUGCUUGUUCUGAGGAUGUUAAAAAUGCCGUGAUAUACUGAGUGCUUUAGUAAAGGGGCACUAUAGAAAUGACUAGUAUUCCUUUAAAUGUUAGUUUGAAGAUUAAAAAAUAUGUAAAAAUUAGCUGGUCUUUUUCCCACAGAAGCUUUUAACAUUAGCAGAUUUUAAUAGUUAUUACACAGAAGCACAUCAGCAAUAAUUUCAGUGAAUUUACCAGCAAGAUACCUUAACGGUCCUUUGUAAUAUCUUAGUGGUAGUGACCCAUGAUGUGGGUCCUUAUUUCCUGGCUGUAAAGAGAGAGAGGAGUAAGGACUAAAAAUAUUUUUAUUGAAAUCUAAGCUUUUACUAUGUCUCUAGUCUUGAUGUGGUAAUGAGUUUUUGUUACAGCAGUCAAUAAUUUUAUUCUUUAGCCUUCUGUAAGAAUGACUUGUUUCGACAGCACGAUGCUGAGAGUGAGGAACUCGUUUCAAAACUCAAAGAGUUUUCCAUGGCAAGCAUUGCUUGCAAGGCAGCUGCCAGAAACAGAGGUCUCGGGUGUUGAUAGCUCUUUAGUAAAAAAAAAAAAAAAAAAAAAAGAAUGAAACAAAAAAAAAAAAAAAAAAAAAGAAAAACCUAUCAAUGGUUACAAGGUAAAUCUGAGGAGAAAAUGAGAAUGUGCCGAGGCUGUGCUGGUAAGAAGGGCUGGGUUUGCAGUCGGGGCUGGCACACGGUACGCGAGGGAGCCCGCAGCCGCCCUGGGUGCCGCUGGGGCAGUGGGGCAGGCGGCCCGCUCCCAGCGCUGAUGGCCUGAUGGCCGUUGCAUGCUGCAGUGACUCUCCUACACAAACUGCACACCAUUCAGUAGGUUCCUGAUUUGGUACAAACCGAAAAAACUGCACUUAAUGCUUUUGCAGGCUUAAUAGUGCCUUUUGUAACAUAAUUUUUUAAUUAGAUUUUUGUUCUUUUCAAAGUUUUUUAGAAAAAAAAAAGUGGCAUCCACUUACUAAGGGCACAUAAAAUAGUUUUUCUCUGGGCUUUCUGAACGGAAUGUAUUUUCAUGUGUGUGUCUCUCUCUCUAAGUUUGAUUAUUUGGUGCGAUAGCUCUCCGCUGUGGGAGAGCAUUCCUAUUUUAGAAAUUAUUCUUUUUAAAAAAGGCUUACUUAGCUCUUUAUAAUUAAGCCUAUUUCCAAUGAGCUGGACAUUAGAAAGAGCUCCUUUACACAAAUGACUGUCAUUCAGUGAUAUUCCAGACAACUGGCUGGGGGUGCAGGGGAGGGGGGGGGGGGUGUCAUUCUUUAAGAGAAAAACAACCAGCCCAACCGUAACUGCUGUGUUACCAAGUGUAUGGGCUUUUUCGUAAGGGUUUAUUUGGUCAGGGGUUUUUGAUGCAGCAGGUGCUGUAGUCUCGAACAACUUUUUUAGCUCCCAAAUUCCUACAGUUUUACUUUAAAGGGUUCGUGGUUUUUUUCCUUUGGUUUUGGGGAUAUUUUUUUUUUAGUUUAGUUUCGUGAUUUUUAAUAAUUUAAUGUAAAUUAUAUUUUUGUCAUUCUGGAGAAAUCAGUCCUAUGAUGAAUAAUUGCCUAAUACCAUGUUAAAGCCAAAUCCGUGUGGUAGGGAAGUUGCUGUGCAUGCAGCUGCCGUUUUCCACCUGGGUCCCUCAGCUGUCACACGGCACCUUUGCCCUUUUGAUUGAAGUUUGUUACAGAGCCGGGAGCCUGAUAUUAGCACUCUAGUACUUUGUCCUUUUUUACCUUUAUUAUGCUUUGCUUUCUUUUUUUAAUAUUUAAAUGUAUAAUACUGGUAUGUACAUGGACAGACACACACAACCCCACCCCUCCACCCCCCCAGCACCACCACCAGGCCCUUGCCUUUCACUUUGUAAAAAAACUUUGGUUUUGGUUUGGUCAAGGAAUUAUUUUUUUUUUUUAGCUGUGUUAUAUAACGUGCAUUAGUCCAGCUGUACUGCAUCCUAACAAUAGAUUUACUUCAGCUAUUAAAAAAACCCCAGCAAUUUAUGUAGCUAUUUGAUUGUUCAUGAUUGCAAAGAAAGCUCUUCCAGGCCGAGCCUGUGGAGAAACUAAAUCACAUUGAUAUUGCCUGAAUUGUUUUCUUGGCCAAAAGCUCACUUACAAAGGUGCAGGAGGUUAGUUGCGUUGGGGUUUUUUUUAGUUAGCUAAGUGUCAUGUUAAAAAUACAGAGUUACCCUGCUUUCUAUUAAAAAAUAAAUUAGUAGCUAAAAGUGGCACACUGGUUAGUGUAUAGGCGUGGUGCUAAGUAGUUGGGUUGACACCAUGACUCUAAUUUGUCAAAUCACUAAUUUGCCCAGGCCUUACUGACACAAAUGCAGCGUGUGUGUGUGUGCACAGUGAUUAUGCCACUGAAGAAUAGUCUCAAUAUGUUUGAGAUGGGAAGUCACAAUACUGUAAAAGUUAUGUAUGUACUUAAUUUUACAUUUCAUACUUCCCUCCUACAACUGAAGUGUCACGGGAAGUGUUGUUAAUGUCUGUACAUGUGCAAAGAAGUGUCGUGUCCCCUCCGGCUACCCACUGAUAACCUACCUGCUGGGGGGUGGGGAGUAGAGGGCUGUGUAUGUGAGCAGAUAUGUGUAUGCACACACACAAAUAAAAAUGCACAGAAUUUUCAUCUUA